AUGUAUCUUUGGUAUAAUGCAGAAGACGUCGAGAGGCGCGCUGGCGCCACUCCGUCUUCUCUCCCAGCCCCUGCUGCGCCGGCCGGCCCGCCAUCUGCCGGUACCGCCGCUCCUCCCAUCCCCGCCGCCGCUCAGCAGCCUCUGGUCGACCUAGAGUCGGCGCUGACCUGCUUCGCCGGCGCCGUCAGGCUCGCUGCCCCGGCCGCCCAGGACCAUCCUCUGACAAUGCUCGCCGGCGCCGCCAGCGCCCUCCUCCACCGGGUUGAGGCCCUGAAUAGGGCACUCCCCGCGCCUGCCAACGCCCCUGCCUCUGUCUCCGCCCACCCCUCCAUCCAUUCCACCGCCUCCGCCUCCGCCUCGACCACCCAGGCGGAAAGCUCCUCCGCCCGCCAAGAGGUCCGCCGCCGCCAUCGAAGCGAGCACUAG